AUGAAGGUCCUCUUUCUGUUCACUGUUCUCUUCUGUUUGGUCCAAAUGAACUCAGGGGAUGUUCCACCUGGAAUUAGAAAUAUUAUCUGCCUUAUGCAACAUGGAACCUGCAGACUUUUUUUCUGCCGUUCUGGUGAGAAAAAAUCUGAAAUCUGCUCCGACCCCUGGAAUAGGUGCUGCAUACCACAUUCAGAGGAAGAAAAAAAAUACAGACCAGAGAUGGAUGGCGAUCAGGCACCUAGAACGUAAGCUUCCAGAAAGCAGGCGGGAUCUUGAAGUAUGCUAAGGGUUUAGAAGAAUGUGUGACUUACAGCAGGUGCUCAACAAACAUUUGUUGAAUGAAUCCAGCAUCAAGGGUGAAGGUCUGAUAAAAGAUUUUUCCCAAAAGUUUGCCUACUUUCUUUUUUUCUGUUUUUUUUUUUUUCUUUAAAGACUCUUAGAAU